GGUAAAAAGGAAAAUAAGUAAAGCGUACAACAAGUGCUACUCGAAUCAUCCGAGUGAUUCCUUGACCAAGGUUUUCCGAUCGUCUGUUCUUUGUUCGCCGGGGGAAUGUCUCUGAUUCCAAGCUUCUUCGGAAACCGCCGCAACAGCGUCUUCGAUCCCUUCUCUCUUGACGUUUGGGAUCCCUUCAGGGACUUCCAAUUCCCUUCCCCUCUCACCUCGUUCUCUCCGGAGACCUCUGCCUUCGUCAAUACUCGAGUUGAUUGGCGGGAAACUCCAGAAGCACACGUGUUCAAGGCUGAUCUUCCGGGAAUUAAGAAGGAAGAGGUGAAGGUUGAGGUUGAGGACGACAGGGUGCUCCAAAUCAGCGGGGCGAGGAACAUUGAGAAGGAAGAUAAGAAUGAUACCUGGCAUCGCGUGGAGCGCAGCAGCGGGCAGUUCAUGAGGAGGUUCAGAUUGCCCGAAAAUGCCAAGUUGGACCAGAUUAAGGCUUCGAUGGAGAAUGGAGUGCUUACUGUGACUGUCCCUAAGGCAGAGGUGAAGAAGCUUAAUGUUAAGGCUAUUCAGAUUUCUGGUUGAAAUUGUAAGUCAUCGUUCUCCUGCGACAGAUAAAUAAGAGAAUGUUUGUGGUAUGAUAUGUAUGGUGUGUUCGCCUUUGCAUGUAUGGUGAAAAAGCCUAAUGUCUCUUAGUGUACUAACUUAUAAUCAGUGUUCGGCUUUGCAUGUAUGGUGUUUGGUUAUUGUUAAUAGUAUUGACAGAGAGAUGGUGUACUUGGAAGUUUGAAAUAGCUAAUCAAAUUUCCCAAGCUUCAUUAUCUUUCUGUUUAAAACUGUCUUUAGCUUUUUCAUUGUUUUGUGUUUUCUAUGCUAUAUACUGAAAUGGGUUUCUAAAGCCUUAUUUAUCUAAAAUGUUGUUCCCAAAUGGAUGGUGCAUUUAAUAGAAAAUUUUGAAAUGA